CCGUAACAAUAACGUACAACGUUAAAUCUACGGGCUUUCAACGAAGCUCAGACACGGUGCUAAUAGAUGGCGCUGAUUUACAACCUUUUCAAAAGUGAACGCACGGCUAUUAAACCUUCACCGUGACUUUUAUGGGGUGCUAACGAAGGACGAGAAUGGCUUGGCAGCGCAGAGGUUUUAGUUAACGCAGAACAUAGCAGCUCGAGUGUUCUCGUGCUAGCGAUUCAGUAGACCGGUGCGCUCAGCGAGUGAACGGCGCGCGUUGAAACCAAAAAUAACGGGGUAUUUUUACGUCGCGAGUGUAAAAAUACAGCCAUCUGUCUAAAUAUUGUGCGAGUUUUUAUUAUUUCCUCCAAAACAAAACGCGUAGAUCGUGUGUGUUCAGUUCUGCCAGACGCUGUGAGGAUUUAAAGGAUCUCGAGUUAAGGUUGGAAUUAUUUUUGUGUUGUGUGCCAGUGAUUUUGUUUUUACCGUGUAUUGUGCCUGAGAGGUUCGGAUUUACUGUUUGGAGUAUGCGGAGGGGCUCUUCAGCUUGAAGGUUGCAGCGCGAACCAACCAGCGAUGGUGCAAUGAGCCGACCAAGCCAUGCUGCUGCAACAGGCAUCCAUGUCGCCUGGACCCAGUGGCACGGCCAGCCCCAAGCCCCACCCGAGCCCGCGGCCGAGCCCCAGCAUCAGCUCCCGCCUGACAGGGAGCCCUGUCACCAGCGAUGGGGCUUCGAGCUCCAACAGCCCGCGGUUCGGGAGAGGAAGUCCCAGGUUCGGGAGUCCCAAACUCUCGGAGAGUCCUCGGAGACAGAUGCAGGAUGAGGUGGCCCUGGAGCUGCUACAGGGUGAGCUGAAGGAUGGCUGGACGGUCCACACGGGGAGGGAUGGCCGCCUGUAUUAUUGCAACCACAUCACGCGCACGGCCGGGUGGCUGCCCCCGGCAGAGUGCUGGCCGCUGGAGCCGCAGGAGGCCGAGGACCCGCUGCCCUACGGCUGGGAGCAGGCCCUGGACAUACGGGGGAAGCCUUAUUACAUCAACCAUGUGAACAAGACGACAACCUACGUGGCUCCCGAGGGUUUCUCCAGCGAGUCUCCGCCGGCGCCCAGGGACGUGGUGUUGGAGAGACACCCGGAGCUGGGGUUCGGGUUUGUGGCGGGGUCUGAGAAACCCGUGUUAGUGCGCUUCGUGACGGAUAACUCGCCUAGCGUUGGGAAGCUCGAACCAGGCGACCAAAUCCUGUGCGUCAACGGCGAAGACGUCAGCCUGGCUGCCCGGGAGCACGUGAUCUCCGCCGUGCGGGCCUGCAGCGACCGCGUGACCUUGAGAGUGUGCCAGCCGGCCAGGGUCACCGGCUGCGCCAGGAGGUCAGCCCUGCUGUCAGCGGCGAAGAGGGCGAGGCUGCGGGCGCGGCCGCCGCGGGUGCGCUUCGCCGAUUCGGUGCAGCUGAAUGGGUCUCCGUUGUAUCCUCCAUCAGCGUUCUCUCUCGGUGAUCUCUGCCUCCCACCUAUGGCGAACGUCUUGAAAGUAUUCCUCGAGAACGGCCAAACCAAGUCUUUCAAGUACGACACCACGACAACAGUAGCAGACGUGGUGGCCAGCCUUCGGGACAAACUCACAAUUGUUGCAGAAGAGCACUUUAGCCUGGUGGUGGAACACGUUAAGGGUUUAAGAAGAAACAAGUUGGCGCUACUAGAUCCUAAGGAAACUUUAGCGAGGAUAGCUGCGCGUCCCGGUGCCCACAAGAUGCGGUGUUUGUUCCGCGUAGUCUUCAUGCCUACUUCAGCGGCCGAGCUCGCGCAACGUGACCUGGCCGCGCUGGACUACCUUUACAUGCAGUGUUGCAACGACGUGGCUCAGGAGCGUUUUGCUCCGGAGCUGCAGCCAGAUGUGGCGCUGCGGUUGGCGGCGCUGCACAUGCAUCAGCAUGCCCUGGCGAAUAAUCUGUCGCCGGCUAAGCUUACUGUUAAAGCUGUUGAAGAGUUUGGUCUCGAGCGCUUCGUCCCCAACGGUCUGCUAGAGACGAUGAAGCGGAAAGAGCUGAGGCGACUGAUAGGACACUUCCUUAAGCUCAACUCGCAGAUGACCGGCAGCCAGAGGCAGUUGACGCAGUUACAGGCCAAGCUGCACUACCUAGACAUAGUGUCUGGUCUACCGAGCUAUGGUGCUAAGUGUUUCAGUAGUACAAGACCUGAAAGAGUUCUACUUAUUUCGCCUCGGUUUGGACUUAGUCAAAUAGUUGGAGUGCGGAAUUCAGUGCCUCAACAAAUAGCCCCCCUAGACGAGGUCUCUAGCGUGUUGGUCCGUCGCGCGGGCGAGGGCGGCGCGGACGUGGCCGUGUUCCUGGCGCGGGACCGCGUGCUGGCGCUGCUCAUGGACGAGCGCGACGCCGCCGAGAUGCCGCUCGUCAUAGCUGGAUACUAUCGCCUUGCAACUGGUAAAGAGCUGAACGUUGAGCAAGAAAGGGAACCAAUUAAUGAAGAUAUAGCUCCACCAUAUUUGUCGCAACACAACGUGGUUCCAGCGAAAUGGAGUUACAUAAAUUUCGACGACCCGACUGUGCUGUCGAAGAAACACUACGCCAUAUUCAGCAUGCCUCCCCCGUACCACUCGACGCCGGACCAGGCUAAAUCCAGUUUAGAUACCAACAUGAAUGCUAGUAUCACGAAUAGAAACCACAGUAAUAACUCCAGUCCUCUAAUAGGCUUCGAUAAAGCUGGUCUCCUAGGUCACGACAUCCACUUUGAGAAAUGUAAGAGGAACGAAGAGUUCCGACUUUUCGAUCCGAACGAUGCCUGCUAUCUAGAUGAUGGUAUGGGCUUCGAUCUUCAAAGUGUACUAUCAAUGGAAUUGCUAGAGAACGCUAGUAAUAAUCCAAGGUUAGUUGAAGCUAGAAACGAAGAAGUGCUAAGAAGAGUUGCCGAAAUGCAGAAGCUUGUUGAAAACUCUGAACAGUAUCUUACAGAACAUGGUGAUAUUUAUAACGACGAUAUGUCGAUACGAGAUGAAAUUUUGGGACAGGAAACUAGUGUAGAUAAAGAAAGUGAUUCCGAAUCAAAUAAUAGUAAAAUGUCUACGACUGAUGAUGCACCAGGUAUACUAAAACAUAGUGAUUCUUUGCUUCUCUUAACUGAAACGAUCAAUCAAGGAUUGAAUGGUUUAAGUGUACCAGAAGAAAAGGUAAAAGACAAUAAUAGUGAUCUAAGCAGAAGACAGUCGCAGGGACUUAGCGCCAUCUUGAAUAAUUGUGGACUAAGUGAUGCUUUGCUAGCAUUGAACAAUGAUUUAUCGCAAUCUGAAAGUGAUAACGAUUCUUUAUACACGCCAACAAAUAGCCCUAUUCGCAAAUAUCAAACCAAACCGAAUAAAGUAAUUAGGACUAGCUUUGGAUUGCACAGUCCUGAUAACCCUACUGUUGAUGGUAGAGAACCAAAUUUGAAGGAAUACCUAAAGCAAUUAAGAGAAAAAAGUAGUAAAGAAGAUAAGAAGGUAAUUCCAUGUGUGGAAGUUAGUCCGUAUUCGUACGACGAAGAUCCCGUGGAAGAAAACACAGAGCUUAUAGAUUUAACUUUGAUACCUCCGCCUCAAACUCCUGAUGAACUAGAUACUGGGACUCAAGUGCCUCAUAUACUUCCCAUGGUCCCACCAUCCUUUGCCGAUGACAAGGACACCAAAUGUGAUAAACAGUCGACACUUGAAGAAUUCAUAGCCAAUGUAACUAUACAACCUCCUACCGUAAGAGUCACUCCAGCUAUCGAGCUUACCCCUGAAGAAAUCAUGUCAUACAUCAUUCCACCGCCUCCUGGGUCAAACUCCUCAACGUUAGAUAGGGAUCUUAGUUCAAAUCAACAGCAAGAAACUAAAACUAAUGACACUAGUAAUAAACCUGCCAAUGGUGAAGUAGUUAGAGGGACGUUAAGUGUUAGUGAAAUUAGGAAUAUGUUUACGGCAAAAACUUUAAGUGAUGCUAGAAAUAGUCUGUUAUUAAAGGAUAAAGAUAAGAAGUCUAAUGGAAAAUCAGACUCUCCUAAAGGGAAACGGAAAAGUGUUGUUGAGAAACAAGCCAAUGGCAAUGCAACACACGUUAUAGAGUAUCCAACAGUAGAACGAAAAGGUAUGUUCUCAUGUUGUAGCAAAGAUAAACAUAAAGAAGAGAGUAGUGAUGAGAACGAAAUAAUUGAAGCUCAAAUUCAAAAGUCAGAUUCCAUACCUGACGUUUGCGAAAUACGACCACCUCCGAGAAGAAAAAACGAGACCAAACCUCCCGAUCGACCUCCAAAGACUCCUCCAGCCCCCGCACCGCGACCCCGCUCCAACUCAUUCACGUGCCCCAACAACGAACUCACCGCCAUCGAGAUCCCAACGAACCAUUUCAAUACAUUAAACAAUAAGAAGCUAAACUACAAAGUAGUGUGCGACUUCAACGAGCAGAGCAUGCCCCACCCGCCGCAACUGCCCCCGAGAGUCGAGGCUAGAGUCCUGUCACCGCCCCCACCACUGCUAUUGCCUCCCAAAAAGCCGCCCCUCCCUCCAGUGCCGAGCUUGGAAGUUUUACGAAUGAAAAAUUCGCAGAAACUCAACCAAUCGCCGACGCGGAACCCGGAGCAGCGCCUCGCCAGCAUCGGCAGCCCGCACUUCCAGCGCAACCUCAGCAGCUAUAGGAACCUCGAGAACGAGAGCCGCGUCACUGACGACGAGUCACCGAGCGUCGGCAACGGACACGUCCGCUCCACGCCCGCCUACAACUCCAUGACACUGCAAAACCGGCACGUGCGAUCCAGUUCCGAAACGCAAAACACCAUCUUGAAGAACAGCGAGAUGUCUGUAGCCCUAUCUUUAUGCUCUCCGCAAAUGAACCGGAAGUUCAGCAAUCGGCCGGACAUUUUGAACGGUGCUCCCGGGCACGACCAGAAGAUCUUCAGUCCUCCUUUAGACCGGAAGAAUCUACGUCACGACAGUGCGAGCCCGACGCCUAAAGUUCAGAACCACGUGCGGUUUAAGGAUGAAGUUAUGGAUGAUAUCCCGACGCCGCCGUCGCCGCCGUCGGUGCAGUUCCCGGGGGGCAACGGCGUGGUGUCUCUGGAGAGUUUGCUCUACAAGACGGAGGCGGCGGUGGCGGGGCUGCUGCAACGCCUGCACCUCGUGGCGCAGACCUGCGCGCACCAACACGCGCACGGCGGUGGGGAGGAUAUCGACGAGGCUAAGUUUCAGCGAGCCCGGUCCGAAUUCACAUCCUGCGCCGUGUCACUGGUGGGCGCCUCCCGCACGCUCGUAGGCGGGCUGGGUGCGGGCGGCGCGGGGGCGGCGGCCGCCCUAGCCGACUGCCUCACGCCGCUGCGGAGACUCGCCGACUUGGCUCAGGCCCUCAGCAGGCAUACGUCAUCGCCACUUCAAACAAGAAACCUAGUUUUACGUGUUCACGACGUGACGGCUGCGUUCAAAGACCUGGCGGGGGCUGAGAUGGCCCACAUUAUACACGAGCAUAAUGCGAUAAAGAACCAGGAGACUAACUCCACACUAGAAGGACAGUUGGCACUAAGAGCCGAGUGCUUAGCUAACGUACUGGCCACUCUCCUAAGAAGUUUAAGAGUAUUUUCUCCGUAGAAA